GCUCCCUCCGCCGCCAGAGCAGCCGGAGUCUCUGGUUCGACGCGCGUGUGUCCCUCUCGGUGUGCCGCAGCCGCGUCGUCUGCUCUGGCCCACGGCAGAUCGUACGCGCAGCCCUUGGGGACCGGCGCACUUCCUCGUGCUGUUGACGGAAGGUGCGGCUGCUGCGACAACUCCUCGCAUUCGUUCACUCGUUCACCUCUCAGGUCGUGACGCCGGGCGAAACUCUUCUACCGCUGCCAGGAGUGCUGACCGCCCGCCGGUAGCGCGCGCCCGAUCACCUACGACUUCGCUUUCCGCUGUUGCCUUCUGUUCAUGCGGACUUGCGCAGUACUUAGCAGUUCUUUUGCUAGGCUGCUGGAAGGUGGGCUGGUCUGUGGCUCGUCGUUCCGUUUCCGUUGGUGACAGUCCGAGCGCUACCCCGUGAUUUACCAGUGCAUAUACGAGAGGCGCAUCGCCUUUCAUUUACAGAGUAUUGAUGUUGCAAGAGAUGACCCGCGACGCCGAGAUGAACAACCAGAACACUCAGAAGACGGAAACGAACACCUCGCGCUCCGCCAGGGUUACGGCGACGGUGAAAGUCGAGCCGGUGGCCGUGGGAGAAGGACUUAGGCUCAACCCGUACUACUUCAAAACUGUCCCUGGAAUCCUAAAGCUGAUUCAAGUGCUGUUCGGCAUGAUCUGCCUGGGCUGUGCCUCCCCGGCGCUGAUCGGCUACGCCCGGUUCUUCCUGUUCGUGGCGGCGCUCUGCUACAUCGUCACGGUCCUGCUGUGCAUCAUCUACGUACUGGGCGUCAACACGGCCCUGUCGGCGCUGCCCUGGCUGUUGGGCGAGCUGGCAUACACGGUGACGGCUGUCGUCCUCUACAUCAUCGCAUCGGUAACGCAGUUGGUGUCGCAGUCAAGCUACUACGAAACUUGGCCUACUAUGUUCAGUGCUCUCAACGGGCAAUACAUCGCUGCUGGCGUGUUCGGGCUGCUGCAGGCGAUCGUGUACGGAGCCGGAGCAUUCCUGCUGUUCCAGGACUGGAAGGCGACUAGGCCGCCCCCGCCGCCGCCGCAACUGCCGCGCCCUACCAACUGAGAGCGGCCAGCGACACGCCGAGAAGUGGACGCCUCUUGCCCCGGGACGCUUCCUCCCAGUUUUUUUUUUAUUUUUUUAUUUUUGCUCGCCCAGAGCCGAGAUGAGGGGGGGCCACGGCUACCCACGCACUAACAGAGAAGACGCAGCACCCACGGACCGCACACAACACACUGACUGCGGUUCUAAUUACGAACGCACCGUCUGUCUGUAUAGCCCGCCGUCUUCUACUCGAGUUGAAGGACCAAGCGAGAGAGAGAAGAAUAUUACUCUGCGCGUUUUUUUUUAGUUCGCAACUAUAUUUCUUGUAGUCAUCUCGUUUAUUGCGACCAGUCAAGUUUUCACUCACGUGAAGUACGUGGCGGUUACAUUUACUUUUAGCCGGCACGUAUACAUCCCAUCCCUUUGUAUCCUCAAGACUGUAUAACGAACUCGCUGACACAUUGGCGUGCCGUCAUGAGAUUCUCAAACAGAUUAUUAAAAACUGAGUGCUGCCUGAGUACUUGUGAAAGUUGCAUUUCGCGCUAACAACGGUGGGAGUGGGUUCCGACGCGUUCGGGGGCAUUAUGCUUAUACCUCCGCGCAAUGGAUCAAGGGAAGCGUCUUUCGUCCAUUGCGUCUGCGCGAUUCUGGCACUGCAAGGCGCCACAGUCGCUGGCAACCAAGCCAAGGCACAGAGACUCCCUCAUUGGGCACCUGUGGAGGCAUAUUUUUGCGGCUUGUUCUUUAGCACCAUUAGAUAAGUACCUGGCUGUGUUCUUGCAUUAUUUUCCUUGAAUUAGCUAUUCGGCAUUUUGGGCAGCGAGGACACGCCUACCAUUGGGCUAUUUAUUGAAGUUGAAAUAGUGACGGUAUUUAUCGCCCUCCUCUCUUCAAGAACAAAUUGGUAGGUGCCCGAGCCCAAGGGAUAUGAAAAGAAAAGCUAAUUUGAUGCGGUUUCGGUUAGAAACUCGAAUAACGCGAAAGAAAAGAAAAACAUUUACAAAUGCCGAAUUAUUGCGAGUGACGGGUUAUAGUUUAUUCUUUUUCCACUAUAGCUAUAAACAGGCUCAAGAUGCAUUGAGCUGAGUUGAUAGACGUAUGUGUUAGCCCUCUACUAAAUCCUUGGAGUAUUUGUAUAUCGGCAGGUUUGAGGAUAAUGCUGUUGAAGACAGAGCUCUGUUGAACCGUCGUCUGAGUUGGAGUAGCUGCACAACUACUUCCAAAGGAGUGCCACCACGACAGCUCAUUUUGAGGGUUGACUCACUGCGAAAUAUUGUAAAGCCAGUGUGUUGCACGGAGUUUCACAAGCUUAGCACAGUCCCCACAUUGGUAACCUAUAGUUGAAGCACACGUGUAUCCAGUUUUGUUUCAAUUUUCGUGCGCUUCCUCUUUUAAUAGAUGCCAGUAAACAACGAACGCUGUGCGGAGUUUCCCAAAACGGUGUAUAUUGUGUGCAUACAAAGGUUUACCUUUAUAUUAUCGUUCCUUGUUGAGAGUCCGGGUUCAGAAAAUACAAGAUUUAUUUUAAGCGCUUGUUUGAUGCAGGAGAUAUCUGUAUAUACUGCUAGGUGCAAUAAUUCCGUGUUUACCUUGCUGCAACAUGUUUGCCACUAUUUAAGAUAUCAUUACUAAUCCGCCCUACUUAGUACUUCUGCCACUUAAUAUGCUUCGUGGCAGAACAGUUUGCUUUCCUGUCGACGAAAACGAGACGCAUGUCGAUGUUGAUCGUGUUCCGGCAAAGAGACCGGGCGGCUUAGUCGAUCGAAUAAUUGCGGUUAUUUGACGACACAUCUACGCACUAACAAAUAUCUGAACUCGUCAUUCUUGUCGCACUCAAAUGAAAUAAACGCACGUACAAUCGUGCACUUCUAUA